AGCACGAUUAACCGAUCGGUACACUGAGAGAAGUCAACGACAACGACUCAUGGGCUCGCUGCAAGAGUAUUAACGGAGAGCAAAAAAAAAAAGAAGUUAGGACAGGAUGGUAUAUACACAGGCGCUGGUUUUCGGGAACGGGAUGACCGUAGUGUCGGAAGAGGACAGAUUAGUGGAGUUUAUGAAAAAGUUUGUACACCAGUUUACAUCAAGCAGUAGAAAGGACGGCCAGAGUUUAGAGGCAAACUGCGAAUACACAGAAGCGAUCAAGUCGUCAAGUGUGGAGUGGCUGGACCCGGGUUCGAGUAUGGAAGACUGUGUGGAGGAGGCGCUUCAGCUGGAGCUGGCUAAGCAGAUAGAGCUGUGCCUGUCCGACGCCAAGACGUCCCGCCUGCACUGCCAGGAGCUGCUCCUGCCGCGCCGGCUGACCACCCGCGUGGCCCGGGACGUCAUGCUGUCCUCCGCCGACGAGCCCUGCGGCCUCCGGGGGGCACUCAUCCACGUGCUGCUGGAGACCAAGGGCGUCCUGCAGCCGCUGGGCUCCAUCACGCCGGACCGCUGCGUCACGCCCACCUUCGAACUGUCCAUCGUGUUCAAGGCCGACCCCGCCGGCUGGGCCGCUCUCAAGAACUUCUUCGUGGCGGACAAGGCACUGACCCUGCACGCGGGCUACAGGCUGGUCAAGAGGAAGCUGUACUCGUCCGCCAGCCCCAUCGUACGCGACUUUGACUGAGAGCGCAACCUGUGCAGAGCCGCAGUGCAGAGAUUACGACUUUAGGAAAAAACGAAGGCACAUAUGCACUUUCAGAGAACAUUCAGGGAAUGGUAUUAUCAGUGUGUGUGUGUGUGUGUGUCUGUGCGUGCGUUUGCUCACUGCAUUCCAGUAAGUUUCUGAUUCCUGAUCAGGAAUGCUGUUACUCUGCUACAAUGGGCAUGACUUUUGGAAAAAAAAGACUACAUACUUCACAGAAGGAGACCCUGCGUCAUAUUUCAGUGUUGCUCCAAUGCAGUGUGUAUCACCCGCUGAAAACAGAGCCUGCCUGUACUGUAGCUGUGAACUUUGGAGGAGUGGUGCCUUGUCGAGAGGAGGCGUUUGCCAGAUGUGAGCACUUUUAUAUGGCUCUAGGUUUUUUUUAAUCAUUAUUUAAACUUGUGUGACCUGCAGGCACGAUCACCUGAUCCUGAUCCAGGAUAUUCCCCGACUCUGUCAGCAGUGAUUCAGUGUGAGCUGACUCACUGUCUCGCAUACAUUCAGCAGCUGGUGAUUGCGCAACGCUUGAGCGUGCGCCGCACUGCUGCUAGUUGCUAUGAAGAGCGACAGUAGUCAGAAGCUGCUCUGUGUGGGUGUGUGUGUGUGUGUGUGUGUGAGUGCAUCUGUGAUUUCAGUGGUGUAAGAGUUCCUCUUGCAUUGAUGUGUGCUGGGAGUGGUGCUGAUGCCCAGCUCGGGCUGGGAAAAUACAGUGCUGCUUCCACCAAUGAACUACAGCAGGGAACACCAAACAUUUUGGUGAGGAAGGGUCAAUGUCCAGAGUUUGAAUGUAAUGUGAGAAGCUUUUAGACAUAACAAAGCAGUAAUGUCAAUAGCCACCCACUUUUUCUGUACUGUCCAUACAUCGAAGGAACUACUGCAUCUCACUCAACAGUUCCUUUCUUCAGAUAAAGUUAACUCUGUGUUUCUUUCAUUUAUUGCUGAAAAUGCAAGGCAUGCCAGCUUCUUACACAGCCUGAACAAGACCACAGUGUCAACUUAAGUCUGCAAUAUGAAUUUGAGGUUAUUCAGAUUCAGAUGUAAGGGGCAUUUUGUCAUCUGUAACUGCAGGGUGUGGUUGGUACAAUAUUCAAAUAGCCAUAUUUGCUAAUGUAAUGCUAACACUAAAUGUUUUAAAAGUGUGUUUGAGGGGUGUGGUGAUUGAUAGUCAUUGAUGCAUAGUGAGCAGGACACAAGUGUCCCCAGGGUCUGAAAGUUGGUCCCUGGGUCAAAGUGUAACAACCUCCUCAGCUUCAUCAGUUCAAAUGGUGUGUGUGAAUGUAGGGGAAGUGUGAUUGGAACUUGUGUGAAACCGUGGAAACCUCAACUCUUGAGAGACGGAAAGGAAAGCAAGCUGGCCUUGCCCAUUACAGACUUUCCUGAUGUUUGUUGUGCCUGUAUGUGUGUGCGCAAUUGUGGCUCAGUAUUCUGGA